UAAGGAAGCAAAGGGGCUGUAAGAUGGGAAAGAAGUUCAGUGGAUUGGAAAUAGUACUAAUUGUCCUAUUUUGUUUGGUCGUGACUGUGGCCUGUGUCCUCAUUGCACUUUUGGCAACAGGACAAACUGGACACAAAAGUACACAAUUUUCUCCAGAAUGUCCAACAGUAAACUUAUCAGAGAGAAUUGACUGCAUCCCGGAUCAAGUAGCCACAAAGAGCCUCUGCAGCCUUCGUGGCUGCUGCUGGAGUCCCCAGAGUGAUUCCAACAUUCCCUGGUGUUUUUUCUCUUCAAACCAUGGAUACAGAGUAGAUGGAGCAGUGCGAACAACUCAGACAGGAUUCCAAGCUACGUUAAGAAGGCUGUCAUCACCUUCCCUCUUUGGAAAUGAUAUCAACACUGUCCUCCUCACAGGAGAGUAUCAGACACAAAAUCGCUUCCGGUUCAGGAUCACUGAUCCUAAAACACAAAGAUUUGAAGUCCCACAUGAGCAUGUAGGACCUUUCACUGGUUCUGCUGCCUCCCAUUUAAAGUAUAAAGUUAAAGUUGAUCAGAAUCCCUUUGGCAUCACAGUGACCAGAGUAAGCAAUGGAAGAGUUCUUUUUGAUACUAACAUAGGACCACUGCAGUAUGCUGACCAAUAUUUACAGCUGUCAAUCAAACUACCCAGCAGCAACAUUUAUGGUGUGGGAGAACAUGUGCAUAAGCAAUACCGGCAUGACUUGCAUCUUUUUAAGUCUUAAUACUUGUUCACCAUCCUUCAAUGGCUACCCAGUAGAAGCAUGGAUAACUUAUACGGCGUUCAAACUUUCUUCUUGUGUUUGGAAGACAACACUGGAGCGUCUCUUGGUGUUUUCUUAAUGAAUAGCAAUGCCAUGGAGUUUGCCCUGCAGCCUGCUCCAGCAGUAACUUACAGAACAAUUGGUGGAAUUCUUGAUUUUUAUGUUUUCUUGGGAGACACUCCAGAGCAAGUAGUGCAGGAGUAUCUGAAGCUAAUAGGAUUGCCAGCAUUGCCUUCCUAUUGGAGUCUUGGAUUUCAACUUAGUCGCUAUAAUUACGGAUCGCUUGAUGAGGUGAAAGCUGUUGUAGAGAGAAACAGAGCAAUUGGACUACCUUAUGAUGUUCAGUACACAGAUAUUGACUAUAUGGAAGCAAGGAAAGAUUUUACUUAUGACAAAGUGAACUUUAAAGAUCUCCCUAGUUUUAGAACUUACAUGCAUAACCAUGGACAAAAAUAUGUUAUCAUACUGGAUCCUGCUAUUAGCACAGAGACUCUAGCUGAUGGUACUCCCUAUGAGGCCUAUGACAGGGGAGAAAGGAAUAAAGUCUGGAUUAAUCAAUCAGAUGGAAUAACACAACUAGUUGGAGAGGUAUGGCCGGGAAGAACUGUAUUCCCAGAUUUCACCAAUCCAGACUGCACCAGCUGGUGGGUAGAAGAAUGCAGACUGUUUUAUAAUAAAGUGCCGUAUGAUGGGAUCUGGAUUGACAUGAAUGAGGUAGCCAACUUUGUUCAAGGCUCCAAGGAUGGUUGUGAGCAGAAUGACUUAAACUAUCCUCCUUUUACACCCUGUAUUCUAGAUGGACUCCUGUAUUCCAAGACUCUUUGUAUGGAUGCCGUACAGAAGUGGGGGAGACAGUACGAUGUUCAUAGCCUUUUUGGGUAUUCUAUGACCUUAUCAACAAAACAAGCCAUUGACUCUUUGUUUCCUGGAAAACGAAGCUUCCUUCUCUCUAGGUCUACUUUUGCAGGAUCAGGAAAGUAUGCAGGACACUGGCUGGGAGAUAAUGCAGCAACAUGGGAUCACAUAAAAUGGGCAAUACCUGGAAUGCUGGAAUUUAACCUCUUUGGAAUUCCUUAUAUUGGAGCAGAUAUUUGUGGUUUUUUUGAUGACACCACGGAAGAACUUUGCACACGAUGGAUGCAAGUAGGAGCAUUUUAUCCAUUUUCCAGGAAUCACAAUACUGAACUCCGCAUAUCUCAGGAUCCUGCUGUGUUCGGAGCUGAUUCGGUUUUGGUGAAAUCAUCAAAGCAUUACUUGAACAUACGCUAUACUUUGCUGCCCUAUCUGUAUACGCUCUUUUACAAAGCUCACACUCAAGGAGGCACAGUUGCACGGCCAGUUCUGCAUGAGUUCUAUUCUGAUGAAGCAACAUGGAGUGUUGAUAAGCAGUUCUUAUGGGGUCCUGGACUACUUAUUACACCAGUUCUUGACCCAGGUGUGGAUGUAGUUCAAGCCUAUAUUCCUGAUGCAGUAUGGUAUGAUUACGAUACAGGAACAAAAAUCUCUUGGAGAAAACAAUGGAUUGAUAUGUACCUACCAGCAGACAAACUUGGACUUCAUUUGAGAGGAGGCUAUGUUUUCCCUUUUCAACAACCAGCUACCACAACAGUUGCAAGCCGUAAGAAUCCUUUGGGUCUUAUAAUUACAUUGGAUGACAAUAAUGAAGCUUCUGGGGAGUUAUUCUGGGAUGAUGGAGAAUCAACAGGUACUGUUGACAGUAAAAGUUACAUUGCCUAUGAGUUUAAAGUUUCCAAUAAUGUUCUACAAAUGAAUGUCAUAAACAACAAUUACAAUGAUCCGAACAACUUGAAGUUUGAAGAAAUCAGAAUUUUGGGAUUGGUCCAGGAACCAACAAAUGUUACUGUAUCUCAAAACAAUGCUGUGCAAAGUUCUUCCCAUAAUAUCAGCUAUUAUCCUGCAGAUAAGGUUGCUCGUAUAAGAGGACUUCAGCUUGAACUGGGAAAAUCAUACUCAUUACAAUGGACUCAGGAAGUGAGUAUCAACGAAAGAUAUGAUUGCCAUCCCAGUCAAGAGGCAACAAAAGAAAAAUGUGAACAACUUGGCUGUGUCUGGAACGAAGUAACUUCAAACUUGUCUAUUCCCUACUGCUUUUAUAGUUCUGACAACAUUUAUUCUGUUGAUGAAAUAAAAUACACCUCAUCAGGUCUGACAGCUAACCUUACUUUAAACAAUAUCAAUACCAAAGCUUAUGAGAAUUCAACUUUACCUAUUGGUACACUUCGCUUGGAGGUGAAAUAUCAUGACAACAAUAUGCUGCAGUUUAAGAUCUAUGAUUACCAGAACAAACGAUAUGAGGUUCCAGUACCACUAAAUCUCCCUAGUUCCCCAAUGAGCACAGCAGAGAAUCGACUCUAUGAUGUAUCAAUUCACAGAAAACCGUUUGGUAUACAGGUUCGACGCAAAAGUACAGGAACAGUUAUCUGGGAUUCUCAGCUACCAACUUUCACGUUCAGUGACAUGUUCCUUCAGAUAUCUACCCGCUUGGCAUCACAGUAUAUAUACGGAUUUGGUGAAACUGAACAUACCACAUUUCGACAUGAUAUGAACUGGAAUACCUGGGGAAUGUUCUCAAGAGACCAGCCUCCUGGUUACAAGUUGAAUUCAUAUGGUUUUCAGCCAUUCUACAUGGCUCUUGAAGAAGAUGGCAAUGCCCAUGGAGUUCUCUUGCUUAACAGUAAUGCAAUGGAUGUGACGUUCCAGCCAACUCCUGCUCUGACAUAUCGCACAAUUGGAGGAAUUCUGGACUUUUACAUGGUUUUGGGCCCAACACCAGAGCUUGUUGUUCAGGAAUACACUACACUGAUUGGACGACCAUUCAUGCCACCCUACUGGUCCUUGGGAUUCCAGCUAUGUCGCUAUGGAUACCAAAAUGACUCUGAAAUUGCUGAGCUAGUGUCUGCAAUGAGGGCAGCUCAGAUACCCUAUGAUGUUCAAUAUUCGGAUAUCGAUUAUAUGGAACGCCAAUUGGACUUCACCCUUAGUCCACACUUUGCCGGAUUACCAGCUCUAAUUAAUAAAGUAAAACAAGAGGGAAUGAGAUUUAUCCUAAUUCUGGACCCUGCCAUAUCUGCAAAUGAAACCAAUUAUCCCACUUUCACAAGAGGUGUAAAUGAUGAUGUCUUCAUAAAAUGGCCCAAUACCAGUGAUAUUAUAUAUGCAAAGGUCUGGCCAGAUCUUCCCAAUGUAGAAAUUAAUGAGACACUGGAUUGGGACACCCAAGUGAAGCUCUACCGAGCACAUACGGCUUUCCCAGAUUUCUUUCGUAAUUCCACAACUGAAUGGUGGAAGAGAGAAAUCAUGGAAUGCUACACUAAUCCAAACAAUGCAUCAAGAAGCUUGAAGUUUGAUGGCUUAUGGAUUGACAUGAAUGAACCUGCUAGCUUUGUUAAUGGUGCCACUGAUGGUUGUAGAGACAUCCACCUAAACUUUCCACCUUACAUACCCUAUUUAGGAUCUAGAUCAGAGGGAUUAAUUUUCAAAACUCUGUGCAUGGAAGGUCAACAGUAUCUCUCAGAUGGUACUCCAGUUAGACACUAUGAUGUCCAUAAUCUUUAUGGAUGGUCACAAACAAAACCCACCCUAGAUGUCUUGCAGAAUGUCACAAAGGAGCGUGGAAUUGUUAUUACCCGUUCAACAUAUCCAAGCAGUGGAAAGUGGGCAGGACACUGGCUUGGUGAUAAUACUGCAGCCUGGGAUCAGCUUGCUAAAUCUGUUAUUGGUAUGAUGGAGUUCAGUCUCUUUGGAGUAUCUUAUACAGGAGCAGAUAUAUGUGGCUUCUUUCAAGAUGCACAGUAUGAGAUGUGUGUUCGCUGGAUGGAGCUAGGCGCAUUUUACCCAUAUUCAAGGAAUCACAAUGGGAAAGGAACAAAGAGGCAAGAUCCUGUUGCCUGGAAUUCAACAUUUGAAGACAUUUCCAGAAAUGUACUGAAUAUAAGAUAUACCCUGUUACCCUAUCUCUACACGUUAAUGUACGAAGCCCACGCUCAUGGAAGCACUGUGAUCCGCCCUCUACUCCACGAAUUUGUGGAAGAUAGAACAACAUGGGAAAUAUAUAAACAGUUUCUGUGGGGACCUGCACUGCUCAUCAGCCCUGUAAUGGAACCAAAUGCUGUGACAGUGAAUGCUUACAUACCGAAUGCCCGCUGGUAUGAUUACUACUCAGGUGAAUUCAUUGGCUUUAGGGGACAGUUCAGAAAUUUAUCAGCUCCUUUGGAACAUAUCAACCUUCAUAUCCGGGGUGGUUACAUCCUUGCUACGCAAAGCCCUGCUAACACUACUUUUUACAGCCGAAAAAAUCCAUUGGGACUUACUGUUGCUUUGAAUGAUAGUCAGCUUGCACAAGGACAGCUUUAUUGGGAUGAUGGAGUUCGCAUUGAUGCAUAUGAAGAUGGUAUAUAUCUGCUAAUAUCAUUUAGUGCUAACCAGAAUAUUUUAGAGAUCAAGGUUUUGCACCAGGGUUAUGCUGAUCCAAACAAUUUAAAGUUUACUGAAAUUAAAAUC